AUGGAUAUCUCGAGAGCAGAGUUGGAGCCUGUGGUAGUCAAAUUUUAUCGACAGUACAUGCAGCAAAUCAACGACGUGACUUAUCCAUCAGGCUCACUGUUGGUUAAUCCAGAUGUGCAGGACUGCAUCUACCGCUAUUUCUUUGACUCUUCGCGAAACAAAUAUCUACCUCCACCAAAGUAUCAAGCAAGGAUUCUCAAGCAUAUCAUCUCGGAUAUUGAGAAAGCAUGCAAAAAUCCUGAAGAAGAUCAAGUUUCUGAUCUAUUAAUGGAACACAUGGGCAUUCUUUCAGCAAUCCCCCAGCAGCAGCCAUUUGAAGAUGCACAGCAAGCACAAGUUCACAGCUAUUUUCCACCCCUUCCGCUGGAUCAAGUUGGAGUACGACCGAUACUAAUUAAAGAAGCCCAAAAUCUACUCUCCAGAGGCAACAAUGUUGGACUUCGCACAUGGGAAGCUGCCCAGCACCUUGCAUGGUAUCUUAUGAUGGAGCGACCAGAUCUAGUCAAGAAGAAGAACGUCCUGGAACUGGGCGCUGGGACAGGCUUCCUCUCCCUCCUUUGUGCCGGUGAACUUGAUGCCAGGCAUGUCCUAGCCACGGAUGGUCUCGCACAUGUUUGCGAAAGCCUUCAGACAAAUGCUGAUCUCAAUAAAGCCAACGACACCUUACAUGGUCACAAUCCUCCACAAGUGCAGCAACUGGAUUGGACCGACCAGUCGGAGCUUGAACAAGUUCUCCGAGAUGCUCGAAAAGACUGCAUUCGUUAUGACUUGGUGAUUGGUGCAGAUAUCACCUACCAUCCUGAUAUUCUCAGGCCUCUAGCCGAACUUCUCAAGACAUUGAGUGAUGUUAAUCCAGGACUCCAGAUUCUGAUCUCGUCUACAAUCCGGAAUGUGCACACAUUUUCCCAGUUCACAGCAAUCUGUCAGGAAGAUCUUGGUUUUCGUAUAACCGAUGUGAAAUGUAUCAUACCAGAGGGACUACGUUACUCUGGUUUCUUCCACUCGGUAGCGACAGAGAUCAAGAUAGUGCGCCUAAAACGGUGA